UUCUUUACAACCACACUUCUGAGAUUGGCUUCCAAAACAGCGUCGUUUAAUUCUAACAGAAGUAACUGUGAUGUACGACGAUUAAAAAGAGAGAGAAUAUGUAGACUCGCAACAUGAUAUAUUUUACUGAAAAGGUUCGGAUCGGUUUGUUGGAAUCCGUUGCUAUAAUGUGAGUGAAUAUAGUUGUAAUGUAAGCGAAUAUUGUGGUCGCGACCGGCAGGCGUACAGAUGUUACAAGGUAGGAAGAAAGAAGCCUUUAUGCUGGGAUUAUAGAAGCACGCGUUGCGUUUUUUCUAUGUAGAGCAAUUUGAAUUAAAAUCAUGAGCAAUAUGAAGGACAAAGCGAGUAUGCGCCAGCAGAGCUCGGAUAAUAACUCGGUGAGCAGCAGUGAAUGGGACAUGGCAAAUGAUGUUUUCGUGUCCGUCUACGACGAGAACCCGAUGGGAGUGGAGAACCGCACCGGCGAGAGUGACCCAGUCGAACCCGGUUUGGAUAGACACAUUCCUCUUUUAUCACAGGAUGGCAUAAUUCUUGGCCUAUCUGAAGAAGAAUACUCGAGCCCGUCUUAUCUGGACAUCGACCCGAACUACACUGAAAGUGACGGCAACGUGACAACCAAGAAACGCAUACGUUCCAACAGCUCGAGGCACAGGGGUGAGAUCGUCACGGAGCUGGGCCCGGAGGAGGUCAGGUGGUUUUACAAAGAGGACAAGCGGACCUGGAAGCCGUUCGUUGGACACGACUCAUUAAAAAUCGAGACCGCUUAUGGAAGGUUCAGUGAGCAGAACCCCGACAAGGUCAAACGCCACUGUGAACCCGUCUCUACCGGCGGCAAAGAUGUCGCCACGUCCGGUGAGAUCCAGCCAGCGGAGAGCGUGACAGUGGAUGAGGGCAUCGUUCGUAUUGAACCGGCGGUCCGUCAACGGCCUUCAGUGUCUGAGGAUUUGAGAGACCGGGAUGAUAACAGCAUUAACAUGGAGGCAGUGUGUGUGAGGGGAGGCCUCUAUGAGGUGGACAUCAGAGAGAAGGAAUGUUAUCCUGUUUACUGGAACCAGCAAGAUCGCAUUCCUGUGAUGCGAGGUCAGUGGUUCAUUGAUGGAACCUGGCUUCCUUUGGAGGAGGACGAGAGUGACACGAUUGAGCAAGAGCACCUGGUCCGUUUCCGGGGUCAACAAAUGAGGGACACUUAUGAAAUUGAGGCAGUGACCACCACAGUAGACAGUAAAGAUGCUAUUCACAGUUUGAAGCUGAGCCGCAGCCAUGUCGACUGGCACAGUGUGGAUUUGGUCUACCUGUACAGCGACGCCACCACAUCCAAGAUUGCACGAACUGUUACUCAGAAACUGGGAUUUUCGAAAGCUUCCAGUAGCGGGACACGUCUCCACCGCGGGUAUGUAGAGGAGGCAGCGCCAGAGGACACACCGCCCGAAACGACCCACAUCGUGUUUGUUGUGCAUGGCAUCGGUCAAAAGAUGGACCAGGGUCGCAUUAUAAGGAACACCAGCAUGAUGAGGGAUGCUGCCAGAAAAAUGGAAGAGAAGCACUUUCCGAAUCGCACCACAGAGCAUGUUGAGUUCCUUCCUGUUGAGUGGAGGUCCAAACUGGCGCUUGAUGGAGACAUGGUGGACACCAUCACUCCAGACAAACUGAGAGGUCUCAGAGACAUGUUGAACAGCAGCGCCAUGGACAUCAUGUAUUACACCAGCCCACUUUACAGAGAUGAGAUUACCCGGGGUCUGACGCUGGAGCUGAAUCGUCUCUACUCACUUUUCUGUUCAAGAAAUCCAGACUUUGAAAAAAAUGGAAAGGUGUCCAUCGUGUCACACUCCUUAGGCUGUGUCAUAACUUUUGACAUCAUGACCGGCUGGGACCCCGUGCGCUUUCAUCAUUUAGAAGUGCCAGAUCCAGAGGAAACAAAGGCCCGCUGGCCAAGUGAUGAAGAGCGCCUUCUUCAGGAACAGCUUAGACUCACACGCCUCAGGUUGAGAGAUUUGGAAGAUCAAUUCCAGGGUUUGCAAACAUUGUCUUGUGUUGCAGUCCCAGCUUUGAAAUUCAAGGUGGAGAAUUUCUUCUGCAUGGGCUCCCCACUAGCAGUAUUUUUGGCACUACGAGGCAUCCGUCCAGGAAGCAAUGUCGUGCAGGACCAUAUCCUCCCCACCUCAAUCUGCAAACGUCUUUUCAACAUAUUCCAUCCCACUGACCCUGUGGCAUACAGAUUGGAACCACUUAUUUUAAAGCACUACAGUAACAUUGCACCUGUUCAAAUCCACUGGUACAACACUACCAGCCCCACGCCAUAUGAUCAAAUUCGCCCCACGCUGCUGAACCUCACCAAGGAGACGACAUCUGUAUCAGACUCAGAAAGCCUUCCCAGCCCCUGCACCUCCCCACCUCAGGCACGACGACACUAUGGAGAGUCCAUUACCAGUCUGGGCAAGGCCAGCAUCAUGGGUGCUGCAAGUAUCGGCAAGGGAAUCGGGGGAAUCCUGUUUUCUCGCUUUUCUCGAUCAAGUGGGCAGGUGGGCGGAGUGGAGGAGGAGCCCUCAGAUUUUGAGGGUCGAACCACAGAAUUGGACAACGCAGCGGGAGAGAAGGCAAUGCUCCCCGAAAGUGACAAGAAGGAGAAACAAGUCGAGGAUGAGCGGAAGGAAAUUGAGCAGGCAAUGUCUCAGUCUGCUUCAGUAGUCUUAGACCACACCACCUUGGAACUGGAAAGACGCAUCGACUUUGAGCUGCGGGAGGGUUUGGUGGAGAGCCGCUAUUGGUCAGCGGUGACCUCGCAUACAGCUUAUUGGUGCUCUUAUGAUGUGGCGCUUUUCCUCCUGACGUUCAUGUAUCGACCCCAAGAUCCUCCUGAGACUGCUGAGGACAACACAGAUGCCUCUUAAAAAAACAAAAAACAACCCCCCCCC